ACACAAGCCUUCCAGGCAUACGAUUCCCACUUUCUUUCUCCGACCAAUUUUUAUUCAUAGCAUAAAUAAAUAAAUAAAUAAUCGGUCGUCGAGCAGAAGAAAGAAGGUGUGGACUUAAAAUGGAGCCUUUUGCAAGGUUGCCGGAAGCCUGUGUGGCGGAAAUUAUCUCCUUCACCUCGCCGGAAGAUGCAGCCAGAUCGGCGGUUGUGUCCGCCGUGUUCAAGUCCGCCGCCGACUCAGAUGUCGUCUGGGACAAAUUUCUGCCGUCCGAUUAUCAAAGCAUUAUCUCAAGAUCACUCCCUCCUCCUAUUGUCUACGCCACCAAGAAGGACCUUUACUUGGCCCUAUGCCACUCUCCUAUCCUCUUAGACCAGGGCAAACUCAGAUUUUCAGUUGAUAAAAGAAGUGGGAAGAAAUGCUACAUGUUGGGAGCUACACAAAUAAUAUCAUGGGGAGAUACUAGCUCGUUGCAAAUGGAGUGGACAUCUCCCGCUGAUUCCAGGUUCUCAGAGGUGGCAACUAUUAUCAACGCUACCUUCUUAGACAUCCGUGCCAGAAUCCAAACUCAAAUGUUGUCCCCGGCAACAACCUAUGCAGCAUAUCUAGUGUUCAGAGUGGCAACGGUGUACCAUGGCCUGGAAGUAGUGAAAGCUACGGUUCGGUUUGUGAGACAUGAGAGUGAUAGCGAAGCCGAAGUGAAAGCAAGCCUGGUUCACCUCAAGUCCCGGGCGUACCCUAGCUACGAUCCUAUGUUUCUCGGAGGAAAAAUUCCCCGGCGGAGAGAUGACAAGUGGAUGGAGAUAGAGAUUGGGGAAUUCUUGACUACUACCAAAGGAGAUUGUGAUGGUGAUGAUGAGGUUGAAGCAAGGUUGUUUGAUAACAGACAAUUUUAUGCUAAGUGUGGCCUCAUUGUGGAUGGGGUUGAGUUUCGCCCAAAAUGAUGCAAUAAUGGCACCUUCACAUAUGAUAUACAUUCAGUUUAGUGUUUAUGAACAUUAAUGCUUAAGUUUACGGACCUAUAGAACAAAUGUUAUGAACAUAAUAGAAGAUGAUUGUUA